UUUCUUUAUUCUUUACAAAAUGGCUGAACUGUAAAUACGUAUUUUUCUGCAAUUUUCGCUACAAUGGAGAUCAACAACGUUCAAAGUUUCGUAAACAAAUUUACAAGUAAUUCGGUGUUUUUGGAAGACAGUGUUAGUUGUAACACAGUGGAUAACGCGCGGAGAAGAGUAGAAGUUUCUGGCGUGUGGUUUUCCCAGGAUUUGUUGGCUUUGAAGUGUUCUUUAAAGUGGUGUGGACAGGUGUACAAGCCCUUUCCUGAUCAUUAUCCUCAUAAUAUUAGCGACUUCACAAUGUGUACGUGAGUGAAAAUGGCCUAGCAUCCUCAUAGACUUAACAUAAAUAGUGUGAGUGUGUGUGUGUGUGUGUGAUACAUUCUGGAGGGAAAGAUUGGCGCACUAAGCAUUAUAUCAACAUGUUUGACCCUCAAGGAUAUAACAUAGAAAAUUACUUCACUGAUACGCAUAAAAAAAAAGCGAAGAACUUAUAUGGCGACGAUCUUUUGAAAAACCUGCAUUUACUUUCCGACCCUUUAAAAAAGAAUUUGGCUGACAACAUCGUGGUAACUGAAGAGAAAAAACAGAAUAUUAGAGACAAGAUGUUGUUAAACACGAACAUGGAACCGGCAAAAAUGGACAAGAGUACCAACCACAAUCAUACACCAACAUUUGCUGGCAUUACCAAUUUUUUCUCAGGAGUUUUGGGCGUAAUAUCUGGCGCUAUUGCUAACUGGCGGCCAAAAUCGCCCGUCCAGUACUACGAUUGUUUUGACGACGUCAGCCUACAGGGGUCGCCACUGUCUUGGCACAGUUCCAAUGAUGAGGUUCAAAAUAAAUCAGUGCAGGAUAUCCAUUCAAUUUCAAAAUCAGACAUGAAUAUCGACUGUAAGACAGCAGCGGCGCAAUGCGAAGAUAAAUUGAAUAAGGUAAGGUUGUUAUUGUCAAGUAAACCAGUUGAAAAACCUAAAUUUCGACAAAGACGACUUAAAAAGGCAUUCGUAGAAGCGGGCUCAGUAGACGAGUGUUUUGAAGAUGCAUUCACACCAGAAGAUUUUAUUAGAAUUUCCAAUAGCACAUACAUUGAGUAUCAUGGUCCAUAUAAAAUUGAGAAUCAGAAUUUAUUGCAUACAGCAGCUCCAAAGAUAAAAAUAGAAAAAGUUGUUUAUGAGAACACAGAUAUAAUAAAAACAUUGCCAGAAUUUCCUAUUAAGUGUAAGGAAACUAUCAAUGAAACCAACGACAUACCAGUAAAGCAAACCACAGAAAUAAAAACAAUGGAGGAUAUCAGAAUUGAUGAUAAUAUAGAAGAUGUACCAAGCAAACCAGAAGUGGUUUCAUCAUGUGAAGAUAAAUUGUCGAAACUGAAAGCAUUACUCCAAGAAAAAUGUAAGAAGAAGACAAUGAAUAAUCACUCAUCUAAUGUCAAUAGCAAAGUAACAAUGCAAAGUAACGAUAAACAUGUAAAGCCUUUAAAACCAAACAUGAAAGUAAAGGAUAAGUGCUUUAAAAAUCCUUGCCGCACAACCAAUAAACGUAAGGAAUGUAACCUCAAAAAGAGUAUACAAGAUGAUCUAUUAUUUGCUCAGGAGAUGAAUAGUGAAAAUUUGUCAAACAUUGGGAAUUCUCCAUCGGUAAAUUCUUUGGAUAGACUGUCUGAUACCUCUGAUUCAUUUAUAAAAACUACAGAUGUGUCUAAUGAUACAGAUAAUUAUUUUGAUGAAGUCAGAGGUCGUUUUCGUUCAACAUCAACAACUGAAAGUGAAGACUCAUUCCAAAUUGUUUUCAGCGACAGUCCAAAAGACACAAGAGUAAGGAAGAUGUCAGAUUGUGACUCUGAAGACUCUUUUAUUGUGUUUGAAGAAUCACCAGACAGUUGUUAUACUUCAAAUGAUGUAUUUGGCGAUUCUGAUGAGUCCGACACUGAAUAUACAGAAAUAGAGGCCAAUUUGAGUGACACUGAAGACGUGCAAGUGACAAAACUUACCCAUACACUAUCAAGAACAAUGAGUGAUUUGACAGAUGGCAGUCUUUAUGAUGAAAACUCUUUAGAUGAAGUGGAUUGUGCAGUGCAGAGUGUGUAUGAUGAGAUUCCGAUCCAGGAAAUAAAAGACUUGACUGUUAAAGCAUCUGCAACAGACAAUACAGUGAAAUCUACAGGACUUCUCUUAAAUGAAGACAGGAAGAAGCAAAAACAGAAACUUCCAUCAAAGACUGUACGCUUUUCCACCGACCCUCCCAAAGUGCACGUGAUGCGAGUGUGGGCAUUCGCGGCUCGACAAGCGAGAGCCGGUCAUUGGGAACGCUGUGCAUUAGACAGAGACAGAUUCAAGCGGAGAAUCGCAGACGUAGAUAUGGCUGUAUCUUGGGUAUUGCACCCUAGACAUCGAGCAAGAAUCAUGUUUCAACGGUUCAUGCCUUGGUGGAACGCUCUGAAAAGAAAGGAAUUAGCAGAUAAGAAAGCUAGAGAAGACGAAGAAAGAAUGAAAAAGGAAGAACAGCAAAAGAGUGAGGCGGAUACUUUAAAACGAGAAGAAAACUUGGUUACAAAUAACGAUUCAGUUAGUGAUAAUAUUGUUCAAGUUGAUGAUACAGAGCAGAAACAUAUAAAUGAUAGUAACGGUAAUGAAAUAUCUAACAAUGACACUAGAGUUAUUAGUGAUGUUGCAAACGAAAUCGAAAAUAACGAUAAAGACAAAGACAAAAUGAACAUUCUCAAAUGUAACGGUUUUGUUAACAAAACGGAGAUGGACGAUAAAUCUUUGUUGAAUGAUAAUUCAUUAAAAAUUGUUCGCGUUAAUGACCAACAAACUGACUUUACGUCUAUAUUGAAAAGCGAGGCGCUGUCUAAUACUUGACAACACUUGAUAUAAAUAUGAUAAAAAUCUCUGUGAUUGUAUACUUAGAUUCUGGUCUCCAUGUGUAGGUUAUUGUGGAUACAUCAUCAAAAUCAUUUGUGAGUCUUUUGGAAAAUAAACUGCAGUAAUUUAUUGUAACUGCUUUAGUCAUUACAUCUGUUAUUUUCUCAAUUAAAACAAAAUACAUCACAAUAAAUUCACAAUGAUCAGAAUCUUCCACUGAUUUCACAAAUUAUAGACUGUUACCAACUAAUUACCAUAGUUAUUUUAUUUAAUAAGCAGUUGUAUAACAUUCCUUUCUUUGGAAAAUAUCACUUAUUAACUUGCAAAUAAAAUAAAACGCAAAAAAUUAUAUUAGAAAAAUCCGGAAUCUUACGCUUUUGAAAGUGUUAAAUUAAUAUUAAUGGUGUUUUUCCUUCUUAAUUGGUUGAAAACAGUCUUUCACUUCUCCUAAAGGCACACACAACUCUUGUUUCAUCCUUAAAAUGACAGAGUGGCUCUAAAACAAACAUGAGUAAUAAAAACGGUAACGAUUUCUAUGAACUUGAAACUAUUAGAAAGCUGAUAAUGUAUCUUGCGAAGGAUUUACCAGAGAGCAGACAACUUAUAGAUAUCAAACUUGCAACAAC